AUGCGCCAACCAAAGAUCGCCCCCACGCCCGCGGGAACCAGCCUCGCUGGCAAGACCGCUAUUAUCACGGGCGGUAACUCUGGUCUUGGCCUCGAAACAGCUCGCCAGUUCCUUACCCUGGGCAUCGACCGCCUCAUCAUCACUACCCGUUCUGCGUCGAAAGGCCAGCAAGCAGUCAAGACUCUGAGAGAUGAUCCAGCCGUUGCCAAGUCAAACCCCGAUGCUGUUAUCGAAGUUUUCGAGCUCGAACUUGAAGACUACAACUCAGUGGUAGCAUUCUGCCGCAAGGUCAAAACCGAAGUCCCGGCCCUUCACAUCCUCUUGAACAACGCCGGCCUCAUCUCAACAGAGUACCAGCUCAGCAAAGACGGACAUGAGUGUGUCAUACAAGUAAACUGCUACUCCCACUUCCUCAUCUCCCGCUACCUCCUGCCCCUCCUGCAGGCCACCGCCCGUGCCUCCGGUGCCCCGUCACACCUGACCUUCGUCGGGUCCGGAUUGCACACCAACACCAAGCUCUCCGUUCCCCCCGCCACGUCUGUAACUUCCCACUUUGACGACCGCAAGAACUGGAACGGCGUGGCCCGCUACAACGAGAGCAAGCUCGUCGUCGCCGCUUUUAUCCACGAGCUAGCAAAGCAUGUGCCAUCCGCCGACGUCGUGGUCAACCACGUAUGUCCUGGACUCGUGACGACCGCUCUAGGACGUACCUUUCCGCCGUGGUUGCAGGUUGUCAUGUGGCUGUAUCGCAAAGCUAUGGCGCGGGAGCCGGAGGAGGGGGCGCGCAUGAUUGUGUAUGCAGCUGUCCUGGCAGGUAAGGAGAGUCAUGGCGAGUUUAUGAGGGAUAAUCAGAUUAUUGGGUGA